GUAAAAGCUCCCAAAACCUCUGGGGACUGGGGAGAGUGCUCACCAACGAACAGCUCUGAAGGUUCUUCCCGCCCGAAGAAAUUUCUCCUUCGAAGUUACGAACGCAUGAAAUGUCUACUUUUCUUCGUAAUCCAUGAUUCUAUAUGAGAAUUCGCUUCGAACAAUGAUAGCAUGUGAGAUUUUUUCCACGCCUAGGGCUUUUCAUCCUAAAUGGAACGGCAAUGUUAAUCUCCCGAGGUCUCAGGUGAGCUUAAUUUCGAUUCGUAGGAAAUUGAAACAGAUAAAUUUCAACAGAAGCAUUGGAAGAAGAGGAUUUAUCUCUCUUUCAAAUGCGUCUUCUGGGGGGUCGCAGCAAGCGUCGGGCAGUGGCAGUAAAGCUACUGCGGAUGAUUUCGUCUCAAGGGUUUUGAAAGAAAACCCCAGCCAGUUAGAACCCAGGUUUUUGAUUGGGAAAAGGUUGUACACACUUAAAGAAAAAGAGGACCUGACUAAGGGUCGGGAUGUUGGGAUUUUGGAGACUGUGAAGCAGUGGAUUACGAAAUCAAGGUCUAAGCAGCUGGAAGAUGAAGCUGGUGGUAAGAGAGAAGAAUCCUCGGAUCCUGUAUAUCUCAAGGAUAUGUUGAGGGAGCACAAGGGGAAGCUCUACGUGCCUGAAGAGGUUUUCAAAGCAGAUUUAUCUGAAGAAGAGGAGUUCGAUAGAAAUUUAGAGGAACUCCCUAAAAUGAGUUUUGAAAAUUUUCAGAAGGCCUUAAAGAGCGAUAAGGUUAAGUUGUUAAUGUUAAAAGAGGUUACAGGGAUUACAUCUGGCUUCGGGUAUCGAGAUUUCAUUGUGGACUUGAAAGAAAUCCCCGGUGAAAAGGCUUUGCAUAGAACCAAGUGGGCAAUAAAAUUGAGGGAGAGUCAAGCACAGACCAUCUUGGAGGAGUACUCGGGCCCUAAAUAUGAAAUUGAGAGGCACACUACGUCCUAUGUAGGAAAAUUGCCUGAGUACCCUCAUCCUGUGGCGUCUUCCAUAUCUAGCAGAAUGAUGGUGGAACUUGGAAUGGUGACGACUCUGAUGGCUGCUGCUGCAGUUAUUGUUGGGGGAUUUCUAGCAUCAGCGGUAUUUGCUGUCACCAGUUUCCUAUUUGUGGUGGCUGUAUAUGUUGUCUGGCCUCUGGGGAAGCCACUUUUUAAGGUUGUCUUAGGUAUUGUUUCUGGUAUUGGAGAGAGAAUCUGGGAGAAUGUUGUUGAUAUCUCUAGUGAUGGAGGAAUUUUCUCAAAGCUGUAUGAAUACUACACUUUUGGUGGUGUGUCGGCUAGUCUUGAGAUGCUUAAGCCAAUCAUGCUGGUCCUUUUGACUAUGGUCCUUCUUGUCCGAUUUACUCUUUCGAGGAGACCAAAGAAUUUCAGGAAAUGGGAUAUAUGGCAAGGGCUUGAAUUUGGACAGUCUAAGCCGCAAGCUCGAGUCGAUGGUUCGACAGGAGUGAAAUUUGGUGAUGUGGCAGGUAUUGAUGAAGCAGUGGAAGAACUCCAAGAGUUGGUGAGGUACUUGAAGAAUCCUGAAUUAUUUGAUAAAAUGGGAAUAAAGCCUCCGCAUGGGGUUCUUUUGGAGGGUCCUCCUGGAUGUGGGAAGACUUUGGUGGCCAAAGCUAUAGCUGGCGAAGCUGGUGUUCCUUUUUACCAAAUGGCUGGUUCAGAAUUUGUUGAAGUCCUAGUCGGUGUUGGUUCUGCCCGUAUUAGGGAUCUUUUUAAGAGAGCUAAGGUAAACAAACCAUCGGUUAUCUUUAUUGAUGAAAUUGAUGCAUUGGCUACUAGGCGUCAAGGAAUUCUUAGUGAAUCCACCAACUACCUAUAUACUGCAGCUACUCAAGAGAGGGAAACUACGCUAAACCAGCUUCUGAUAGAGCUUGAUGGAUUUGAUACUGGCAAAGGUGUCAUAUUUUUAGGUGCAACAAACCGCAUGGAUUUGUUAGAUCCAGCACUUCUUCGGCCAGGUCGUUUUGACCGAAAGAUAAGAAUCCGUCCUCCAGGUGCAAAAGGGAGGUAUGACAUCUUAAAAGUUCAUGCUCGUAAGGUGAAAAUGUCUCCAUCUGUUGACCUAAACACCUAUGCACAGAAUUUACCUGGGUGGACAGGAGCAAAGUUAGCACAGCUACUCCAAGAGGCUGCUCUGGUGGCAGUCAGGAAAGGACAUGAUUCUAUUCUUCAGUCAGAUGUGGAUGAUGCGGUUGAUCGACUCACUGUGGGACCUAAACGAGUGGGAAUUGAAUUGGGCCAUCAAGGGCAAUGUCGUAGAGCUACUACUGAGGUUGGAACUGCAUUGACAUCUCAUUUGCUGAGACGGUUUGAGAAUGCAAAGGUUGAAUUCUGUGAACGCAUCUCAAUUAUCCCUCGUGGCCAGACAUUCUCUCAGAUUGUUUUUCAUCGUCUUGAUGAUGAGUCAUACAUGUUUGAGCGCCGGUCCCAGUUGUUUCAUCGCCUUCAGGUAUUACUUGGAGGAAGGGCUGCUGAAGAGGUUCUUUAUGGACGGGAUACAUCAAGAGCAUCCCUCAGCUACCUUGCAGAUGCAUCUUGGCUAGCUCGUAAAAUUAUAACCAUAUGGAAUUUGGAGAAUCCAAUGGUCAUACAUGGAGAGCCACCUCCUUGGAGGAAAAAAGCUGGUUUUGUAGGGCCACGGCUGGACUUUGAAGGAUCACUUUAUGAUGACCAUGAUCUGAUUGAACCCCCAAUCAACUUUAAUCUGGAUGACCAGGUUGCGCAAAAAACUGAAGAGCUGAUUAACGAAUUUUACGGAAGGACGGUUUCUUUGUUGAGGAGGCAUCAUGCAGCUCUGCUCAAAACUGUCAAG